GUUGAAGGUAUGAUGCUCAACUUUUCUACCGAAGAGAUCCAUUGUCAUCCUAAAGCAUUUUCAAAAAUGAUUAAUCUAAGAUUACUCAAGAUCUGCGAUGUUCAACUUUCGGAAGACCUUGAUUACAUUUCCAACAACUUACUUAUAUUUGAUUGGAAAUGAUACCCUUUAAAAUCCUUACCAUCAAAUUUGCAAUUGGACAAAAUUAUUGAGUUAAAAAUGUAUCAGAGUCGAAUUGAACAAAUGCCACAGGGAAUCAAACCUUUCAACAAUUUGGAAUCCAUCAAUUUUAAAGACUGUGAGUACUUAAUCAAAAUACCAAAUUUAAUAUCAGUCCCAAAUCUCAAGAAACUGUAUCUUGAAGGAUGUAAAAUAUUGCGUGAGGUUCACCCAUCUUUAUUGGUUCUCAAAAAGAUUACUUUUUUGAGUAUGUUUGGUUGUACGAGUCUUACAACUCUUCCAAACCAGAUUCAUAUGGAAUCCCUAGAGCGACUUAUAUUAGGUGAUUGCUACAAAUCGGAGAAGUUUCCAGAGAUUGAAGGAAGAAUGGAUUGUCUACGUUACCUCAAUUUAAGCAAAACUGCUAUCAAAGUACUGCCAACGUCAAUUACACGUUUGAGUGGACUUGAAGAAUUUUCUUUGGUAGAUUGCAAAAAUCUUGUGAGUCUUCCAGUCAAUGGUUUGGAAUCUCUUCGAACAUUUUAUCUUUCUGGAUGCUCCGAAGUUGAUAACUUGCCAGAGACUUUGGAGCGUUUAAUCUUUCUGGAAAAGACAAAAAGACUUAAAAGUAAGGGAAACUGCGAUAAGACGGCCAAUGGCGUCCCUUUUUCUUAUGAAGAAUCUUACAGAGUUAGAUUUUAGUGGAUGCAGAGGACCGCCAUCAAAAUCUUCGUCUUCAGUCUUCUUCGAUACUUUUAGAUUGCCCACUUUGUCAGAUUUUUGCAGAUCUUUACAAAGUUUGAUUCUGAGUGACUGCAAUAUGGAGGAAGAAGCGAUUCCUAAUGACUUUUUCGGUAGCUUUUCUUCAUUAGGAAUGUUAGACCUUAGCAAAAACAAUUUUGUUUCACUACCUGGAAGCAUCGAUCAUCUUUCUAAGCUUCGACAUCUUGAUUUCAACGGUUGUAAGAGACUUCGAUCUCUACCAGAACUUCCGCCCAACAUAAGAUGUAUUGACCUAAAUGGUUGUGUUGCACUGGAAACAACAUCAAAUGCAUUAAGGUUAUGCAAAUCCAAGCUGUUUUAUUUUUCAUGUAUAAACUGCUUGAAAUUGAUCUGCUGCAACAAUCUAGCAUCUUCAAUGCACAGAGAAUCCAUUAAGGGAACGUCUUAUCAGACGAAGUCAAUUAAUGCUUUUAAAUUGGUUUUUCCUGGAAGUGAAAUUCCAGAGUGGUUCCAACAUAAGAGUGAAGCUUCUUCAAUUAAAAUAGAAAAGCCUCCAGAUUCUUAUGAUAACAAGAUCGUGGGAUGUGCUGUCUGCUGUGUUUUCGUUUUGCAUGAGCAUCGUCGUCAAGAUUUUGUCAUGCCAUGAGAUAAAAUCAUGUUUAUAUAUGCGAUUGGCUGCGAUGCGACUGGUGAAAAACGGAGAUUUGCUGACAUUAUAUUUGGCGAGUCAAGUUGGGUCACGAUUGCGUCAGACCAUCUUGUGCUGUCGCAUUUUGAUGAACUAUUCUUUCAAGAUUUUGUUGAGCUUUCAUUUGAAUCAAAUGAUCCAGCAUUCGAGGUGAAGAGGUGUGGGAUCCAUCCGGUAUACGAGAAACAAACGAAAGAGUUGAAGCCAAGGACCAACAAAUCCAGUAGCUCUACUUUUGGGAAUUCAUAUGAGUUAAACGAAGAUUUGGUCGGAUCAACGGUGGAUGUUGACUGUGAUGGGUCAGAAGACGAACCAAUCUCCAAGAUAAUAACGUCUCCAAAUUUCAUAAAUGGCGAAUCGAGCUCAAGGUAUGAGGUGAAUGAGAAAGAAAUAGAAGAGUAUUCUGAUGAUGAAGAUGAACCACCAUCAAAAAGAUUAAAAGAAUAUAUUGAUUGAUUAGACCAAGUUGGAACUUGUAUGGGUUGGAAUGAAGCUUCUUGAACCAGAAGAUGAUUUCGGUGACUCCGAAGCAGUUGUUUUUCACCUAAAAUGUUAUGUCAGAUCUUUGUAACAAAGUGGGCCUAAAUGGGACUUCAGAGGAUGUACAAUUGAAUAAAUCUCAACUUAAAUGUGUGAAGUUCCUCAAUUAAUAAAUACUAUGAAUUUCCAGGAGUAUUAGGAACCUUUGGUGUGAGAGCCUGUACUAUAUUGGCGUUGACGUCUGAAUUCUAUACCUCUGACACGGGUGACAUUUGGCAUUUGGCUGAUAAUAUUCCUCCAAUGCAAGCAGCUGUUUAAGGGGAAUACUGGAAUUUGUUAAUAGGGUCAACCAGGAAAGAACUGUUGGCUGAUACCUUGAUGUUUGAUGAAAUGCUUGAAGGAGGGUUUGCGUUGAGAGGUGAGCCCUUUGAGAGAUGUUUGAUGAAAUGCCUGAAAGAAAAAAAAGGGUCAUUGUGUUCACUUAAUGUGGUGGUUUUUAUUCACAUAUGAAUGUCUUAUGAAAUGAAAAUCCAUAGCCAUUUUAAUGAAAGCAAUAUAUAAUCCUACAAAUUGAAUUUUCAUGCCUAGCUUUAAUCGCCGAGCCUCAUUUUAUCAAGAUCCACUCAACUCAACCACAAAGACAAAGACUCCUUAUUUCUGCUUCAGGCUCUCUCUUCUCCGUCGACCUCUAGUAAUGGUUUCCCUUUCUUGGUUGUCUGCAAUCCAUCCACAAGAGAGUCCAAGGCAAUUUCAAACUUUCAAGAACAAGAUCAUUGUGAAUAUUUAUUUGGAUUUGGUUAUCAACUCUCAACAUCUUCUCUUUGAGAAACAAUUUCUUGGUUUUUCCCACUAAAGUUUCAAGUCUAUGGAUCUAUCUAUUGGGUGUUAAAGUCUUCAUCCUUGGUUACUGCAUUGGAUUUGGAGGAAGAGACGUUCAAACAUCCUUUACAUUCAUGAAUUGCAGUAUAUAAUGGGUUUCUUAGAAGUAGGUUUCUGGUUAUGACGAUACCCAGCAUAUAUU